AUGUAUAAAGUGAGGUACUUUCCAGAUUCUUCUUUUUGGGAGGCGGAACACCAUCCAUCCCCUUCUUUCUCUUGGUGUAGUAUUUUUGAUGCUAGAGAUGUUCUGGUCAAAAGGGCUCGUUGGCAGGUGGGAGAUGGGACUAAUAUUUUGUUAUCUGAUCCAUGGGUACCUAGAGCGGCGCCAUUUCGUUUAGUACCGGUUCAUGGGGGUUGGAAUGAGGAAUGGAGAGUAAGCAAUUUAUUUAAUACUGAAGGUAGGUGGAACGAAGCAUUGGUGUAUCAGGUUUGCCAUAUUGAUGAUAUUCCGUUUAUCUUAUCUAUUCCCUUGAGUAACCGUAGGGUGAAAGAUCGUUGGGUGUGGCAUUUUGAUCCCAAAGGUACGGCUAGAAUCUUUCUAUGGAAGGUGGUGAAUAAUUGCAUACCAACUAUAGCUAGAUUGAUUGAGAAACAGGUCCCUUUGGAGGCAUGUUCUUGCACUCUAUGUGGAAUAGGGGAUGAAACAAUUGAACAUAUUUGUAGACUUUCUCCAUAUGUGAAGGGAGUGUUGAAUGUUGUAUCUGGUGUAGUACGGGUUGCUUACUCUUUUGAUGCUAUGCAGCUAAAUUUUACCGAUUGGUUAGUGCAUUGUGCUUCUAAUUUAUCUCCUAAACUAUGGGCACCUUUUUUGUUUAGUUUGUGGGGCAUCUGGAGGGAGAGAAAUAAUAGGGUAUGGGAUAAUAAGAGUCUGGAGGUGAAUCAUGUAGUGGUGCAGUUGGCGGUGCGGUUUCAGGAGUACCAGAAGUAUCAUGGCAAGGGCUCUGGGGGAGGCAAUAGACUUGUUGUCCCUUGGCAACCUCCGAGUGCAGGUUGGGUUAAGAUUGACAUUGAUGGUGCAUUUCAUAAAGAUAACAGUUCAGGGGGAAUUGGUGUUAUUAUCCGUGAUAAUAUGGGGAACUAUUUGGGUGGUCAUUAUGCUCCAGUUACUAAUGUCUCUUCUCCGGAACAGGUUGAGGCUUUAGCUGGGAGGGAGGCUGUCUCACUUGCUAUGCAGCAAGGCCUUUCUCCUGUUAUUUUUGAGAUAGAUUCUCUUACUCUUUUUCAUGCUACAAAGCUGACAGUCAUUCCCCAUACUUCCUUCAUUGGGCGUGUGUAUGAUGACAUUACCUUCCAUCUUUAG